AUGAUUAUAAAUAUAUUCUUCCAUAAUGAUGAAUUCGUCGCUACUUUGGUUCUUUUCUUCACUUGUGAGUUGUUAUCGAACCGACUUAACUCGCCUGCUUGGAUUUGUCCGGACUUUUUAGGGUUUCUUCUCUUCCUUGUUGUGCCCUUCAUUCAGAACCCUAAUCGUUUGCCAGAUCUAAGCAAUACUUGUAUUCCCACUGCUUUUGACCCGUUUGCUGAAGCUAAUGCUGAGGACUCUGGUGCUGGAUCAAAAGAAUACGUUCAUAUUCGUGUUCAACAGAGAAAUGGUAGAAAAAGCUUGACAACUGUUCAAGGUUUGAAAAAAGAUUUUAGCUACAAUAAGAUUUUGAAGGACCUUAAAAAGGAGUUUUGCUGUAAUGGCACUGUUGUUCAAGAUCCUGAACUAGGCCAGGUCAUUCAACUUCAAGGUGACCAGAGAAAGAACGUCUCUGCCUUUCUUACUCAGGCAGGAAUAGUGAAAAAGGAUCAUAUCAAGAUUCAUGGAUUUUAAGGAGUGUGGUGUGAGUGCUAUGUUGGGCAAUAUAAUCAAGUGUACUUGUUAUGGAUAUGAAGAAGUUAACAUGUUAUCUUUGCUAUUAUAUGGUGUGAUUGCGAAUCUAGUAAUGACAAGAUUAUGAAAAUGUUUUUUACAUUCUGACAUUAAGAAUAUAAUAAUAAUGACUGAACAAUGAAAAGAUAUUAUCACAUGCUGCUUUUUAUAUAUAUGUUUUUUUUAUACA